AUGUGGCAGCAGGCGCCACCACCAAAUGAGGCUGCGACGACCCGGGCUAGAGCAGCUGCGUUCACGAGCAUGAGUAGCGCCGGCUGCCGGGCAGAGCAGCGCUCGGCGCUGGAUCUAGAGGAUUGCGUGAACACUGUGACGGGCUACCUGAAAUCCAUUGAGCCCCUGAAUGGCACCAACUAUCCAAGCUGGUAUAAAGAUGUUCAGGUGGCCAUUGCUGUGUGCGAGUAUGAUCUCGCCUUACGUCAAAACAAGCCAGCAGAGCCCGCUGAUCCCAAUGGUGAUCGUACUGCCAUUGAGAAGUGGGAGAGAUCAGACAGGAUGGCCAACAUGAUCAUUAAGAACACGAUCACACCGGCCAUCUGUGGUGCUAUUCCUGAUAAGGACCAGGAUGGUAAUGAGCUGAGCGCCAAGGCAUACCUUGCCAAGGUGGAGGAGAACUUUAAGAGUUCUUCCAAGACUUAUGCUAGCACCCUGAUCAUGAAGAUGCUGACUUCACAGUAUGAUGGGCAAAGUGGAAUCAGGGAGCACAUUAUGAGCAUGUGUGACAUGGCAAAUAAGCUGAAGACACUGGAUAUGGCUAUCUCUGAUGGUUUUCUGGUGCACUUCAUCAUGACUUCUCUGCCAGCACAGUACAAUCCCUUCAAAAUAAGCUACAACACUCAGAAGGCGACUUGGAGCAUGGCUGAGCUCAUUAGCUACUGUGUUGAGGAAGAAGAAAGGCAGAAAGCUGAAAGGAUGAAGGAUGCUGUCAACAUGGUCAGCGAGCGCUUUGGGCGUGUUAGCAUGAGCAACACUCCUAAGCAUCAGGCUGAGUCUGGCAGCAGCAGGCAGCAUAAGAGAAAGUUUAAGGGCCAUAAGAGCAAGGCCGUGUCACAUAAGAAGACCUCUAAUGAGAGGCUGUGCAAGUUCUGCAAGUCACCUAAACAUGAGCAGAAGGAUUGCCAUGGAUUUAAGGAGUGGCUUAAGAACAAAGGUAUUCAGUUCGAUCCGAACUAUAAGAGAGGGGGAGCGAAGUCUAAGAGUGGCUGAUGGCAAUGAAGUGAAGGUUGAAGGCAUUGGGAGCUUCAAUUUGGAGUUACCAGGCGGCUUCAACCUUAGUUUGCAUGAUGUUCUUUAUGUUCCCAGUUUGAAGAGAAACCUUAUUUCUGUUUCACGUUUAGAUAAGUCGGGACAUAUUUGUGAGUUUGGCAACUCAGUGUGCAACAUUAAAUUUCAUAAUUUAAGUGUGGGCCUUGGUCAUUUGCAAGGCGAUCUUUA